CUGCUGUUGCUGUUCUAAAGUACAGCGUUUUCUAAUUCGUUACGAAUUUUUCGUUCAGUUUUGCUGGCUUAUGUUCCACGAGGAUGACUAGCAUUGGUGAUCCGUGUAAUAAAAUCCACACUUAAAACGUUUCGAUUCUAUGUCUAGCGAAACAGAGUUAGUGCACUGAGUGGUGAAAAGUCCAGCAGCUCCGCCAGCUCGACCUCCUCAGUCGUAAUUAAUUAGCAGCACACCUGGUGACCACUUAGAAAGUGAGGCGGGUCACUUCAACAGUCCUGGUUUGAGGUUUAAUUCUGGUUUGGUCUUUUUUUUUUUAUUUCGUUUUUCUCAUUCCGGAUCUAAAGCCGGCAAGUUUUUGUCUUUCUGGGGUGGCGUGACGGCAUAUCAGCUUCCCGUUGGAGUUGGACCGUGCGGUGCAAGCCAUGGCGAGGCCCGGAUGUUGUGACGCUAGGGCUGCCUUCGAAGGUUGCCGAAAGCCAGAAGAGAAACGAGCACCUCUGAAAAGCUGGGGGAAUAUCUGUCAUUUCUCCAAUGUUCGCCCCCUGCCCCCAGAAGAGGAUGGGUCCAGUUUGUUUUCUAAAUUGGACCUGGAGAAACGAAGAAAACGCAAGAUGGAAAAAUGCAGGGGUGCUGAUGAUAUUUUGAUGGAGACCUUUGCAGAGAACACUUGGGUUUGCAGGCAAGCUGAAAUCCUACAUGCUGAAGAUCGUUUAUGGUAUUGUGGCCUUUCUGUUAAUAGUAGCCUGCCAGCUAUGCAACAGGUUGUGAAUGAUCUGAAAGAAGCCAUGCAGAGUCUUGGCUUGUCAUUUGAACAGGAGUAUUCCUGGGAUAUCUUCUGUGCCAUGAUGAAAAGACAGUCUCAUUAUGUUUUUGAACGUGCAGAACUCCCUAAGGGCAUAACUGUGGAGAUGCGUGCUCUACUAGUGGACUGGCUGAUUCAGGUACAUGAUUCCUUCAGGUGUGCAGAAGAGACCCUGUACCUAUGUGUGCAUCUUCUCAACUCCUGCUUGUGGCUCAGCAAGGUUAACCCGUCCACCUUUCAGCUUCUUGGAAUGACAUGCCUGUUUAUUGCAUGUAAAAAAGAAGAAUGUCUGCUGCCAGAGACCACGGAACUGUGCUUUCUAAUGGAGAAUAGCUUUUCAAAGAAACAAUUGCUUAAAAUGGAGAGAAAAAUCCUGGACACCUUGAAAUUUGAUGUCUCGUAUGCCCAGCCUCUACAUUUUUUGUAUGUAGUAGCCACUGUUGGAAGAUGCAACCAAAAGGUUAUCUUUUUGGCAAAAUACUUCCUAGAGCUGACCUUGUUGGACCCAGAGUACACACUUUAUGAGCCAGCACAGCUAGCAGCUGCUGCCCUGUGCCUUUCAAGGAAGUUAUUGAAUAAAAACUGUUGCUGGGAUGAAGAGGAGGCUUGGGCAAGAGCUGGACAUCUCUACUCUUUCAGUAAAAUAAUGUUAACAAAGAUCCAACAACGAAUGCUAAAGGCAGCUGCACAGGCCAGUUCCUUGGAAACACAGGCCACUUUCCUGAAGUAUUCUAUUCCAGAGCGGCUGAAGAUCAGCAGCCACCCGGCAAUUUUCCAUGCACAUCCUCUCCAUGAGUACUCCUAACAUAAAGCUAUAAGUGCGGUCUAAGAGUCUGUGAGACUUUCUGAAGUCAUCCUGGUCUGGCGGCCUUGAUGGCAGCUUCUGUGUCAUGAGAAUGGAGAAAUUUUAAAUGGGGGCCAAAGCUUUGGAAAUACUAUUGUUGGUUGUAAUUAACAAUUUAGCUGCAAUGCAAACACUUCUGGUUAGCUUGACUAUGGCCUAGAUACUUAAGCAAGCACUUUGAAAUGGCUUCUUCUCACUCCAUUGAAACCAAAUGACUUCUUUAAAGUGAGCUGGCAUGCAGUAACCUGUAAGUUCUGUGUUCCCUUUUCAGAAUGUGAAGAAACUGAGCAAUGCAGAUUUUAUUUUCUGUAUUAAAUCAUAGCAUAUUAGAUGUUACCGUCUAUUUUAUGUUUUUGUACAAAAGCACAGCUGAGCUGAUAUUUGCUUUCAUUUGAGGUUUGCCUUAAAUCUAUAUAAAUACUGUGCAAUAUUGUGUGUUACUGUGUGAAAAUAAUAUUGUAAAUACCUGUUUUAUGUUUAAAUAUAUUUAAACUGCAGCAAAAAUCAAAGUUUUAUAAUUAUGAAA